GUGUUCAACAAAGAGCUGGAGUCGGAGUUUGACAACUUCGAGGACUGGCUGCACACCUUCAACCUGCUCCGGGGCAAGAUCGGGGACAACGACGACACGGCCACGGAGGAGGAGCGGAUCGUGGGCAGGUUCAAGGGCUCCCUGUGUGUGUACAAGGUGCCACUGCCCGAGGAUGUCACCAGGGAGGUGGGACAUGACCCCACCCUUGGGAUGUUCCAGGGGAUCCCCAGCAACGACCCCGUCAACGUCCUGGUCCGGGUCUACAUCGUCAGGGCCACGGACCUUCACCCCGCCGACAUCAACGGCAAGGCCGACCCCUACAUCGCCAUCCGGCUGGGCAAGACCGACAUCAAGGACAAGGAGAACUACAUCUCCAAGCAGCUCAACCCCGUCUUUGGGAA